AUGCGAAUAUACGGCAAAUACAAUUGUAUUUUAAUAAUUUUACUAGUGCAAUUUGCACACUGUGCUGAUAAACCAACUAAUUUACAACUAGGAGGUACUGGGGGUGAUGAAAGUGAUGAGGAUGAUAAUUAUAAUGUAGUAGUAAAGGAAUUGGAAGACCUGAUUGAGGAAGAUGAGGCUAACAAUAUUGAUGAAGAUGGAUUUGAUACUGUUGUAACACAACUGGAAGAUUUAGUGACUGAUGAUAUUGACCAACAACCGAAUAAACUCCACAAACCUGAUUUACCACCUUAUUUAACUCCCGGAACCUCAUCCAUAUCAACUCAUAAAGGACAUUAUCAGCCAAGUUAUAAAGCAGAAGCAGCUACUGAACCAAUUUAUUCAGAUUACGAUCCUGUUUAUCAACUACCAAAACCACACACUCAAGAAUAUCUACCGUAUCAACCACCUGAAAAAUUAGAACCUAAACCAUAUAACUUAUAUGGUCCUCAGAAAAUAGAGUAUUAUAAACCAGAACAACAUGAUCUUCAACCCCCCUUAAUAAGUAUUCCACCUAUAACUCAUUCAAAAAUUGGUAUGGGAAUACCAAUUAUCCCGGAAUUGCCUUAUACUAAGAUAUAUAAAUUAGAUGAUAACGAUAAAAUACUUCCAGUGACUCAAAAAGACAUAGACAUAGUUUUGAGCAACUCAUCUCUAGUAAUGCUAAAAUUAAUGUGCAGAUGUAAAAAAAUACUUCACUAUAAUUUAAAUGUCUGGGAGAAUAAGUCUGAAACUAGACAUCCGCUAAGAUUAGUAUACAAAAAAGCCUCCCAAAUCUACAACAUUAUUUUUAGAGAUAAAAUUUUAUCAAUGGUAUCCUACAAUCUAAGAUGGAGGAUGAAAGUUUUUUACAUUCCAAAUAAUCUUAGUUUUUACAUAAAAAUUGUUACGGGAAAAUUAGUAAAAGUUAGUGAUAAUAAAUAUUUUGUUGAACUUCUUGGGCCUAAUGUAUUUAAAUUCAGAAUUGACGAUAAUGUACCUGUAGAUACUGUUAAAUAUGAUGAUGAGAUUAUCUGGGAGAGAGAACCAAGUAGACCCUAUGUAAGAGUAAUAACUCAACUGGCUGGAGAACGUAUAGUAAGGUUUUAUUUUCCUGGUAAAGUCUUCGAAUGUACAUAUGAUGAAGGAGAAUGGAAUCGCAAGGUCAUCGGAUAAAAUUAAAAUAAUUUCAUA